CGCAAAAAGGGAAAUCCGACUCAGCUUUUCGGACCCCUAUUCCCUCGCAUCACCACACGUUACACCACUACAGCUCCCGCCCAGCAUCAUGGCCUUCCAUUCCCCGAUCUAGGGUUGCGAGCUCCCCGCCACCGCCGGCCAUGCCCGACACGGACGUCGACACCGAGAUGCGCGAAGCCGCCGCUGCCGCGGCCGGGGCCCCAGCCGGCGACGACGACGGCGAGGGAGACACCGAGGAGGAAGAGGAGGAGGACGAGGACGACGAGGAUGAGGUCGAUGAGGACGAUGAGGAGGAGUUGCCCGCCGCGGCGCCGGCGCCGACCGAAGAGCAACCCGCCCCAGCGCCCAUCUCGGCCUUGCCGGGGAACCCGAACCAGCUGACGCUGGUCUUCCAGGGCGAGGUUUACGUUUUCGAAUCCGUCACCCCCGAGAAGGUUCAAGCUGUGCUGCUACUGUUGGGACGCGGUGAACUACCACCUGGUUUAGCAGGCAUGGUUCUACCUAAUCAAAAUGAGAACAAGGGCUAUGAUGAUAUACUUCGGAGGACUGACAUUCCCGCAAAAAGGGUUGCUUCACUAAUCAGGUUCCGUGAGAAAAGGAAGGAAAGAAAUUUUGAUAAGAAAAUACGUUAUGCUGUUCGCAAAGAAGUGGCACUCAGGAUGCAGCGUCGGAAGGGGCAAUUUGCUGGAAGGGCCAGUCUGGAGGGAGAAUCUCCAUCUCCUGGAUUUGAUCCUGGUUCACAGGGUUCAGGCCUAGAUUUUGCAUCUCGAGAAUCAAAGUGCCAUAACUGUGGUACUAGUGAAAAAAUGACCCCAGCAAUGCGUCGUGGUCCAGCUGGUCCAAGGACUUUGUGCAAUGCUUGUGGAUUGAUGUGGGCAAACAAGGGUACCCUGAGAAGUUGCCCCAAGGCAAAAGUCGAAUCUCCUGUGGUUGCAAUUGAACAGGGAAUCAGUGACAACAAAGCGCUGGUGACACCGAGCAAUGACAAUGUUGCUGCAAGCAAUGGCGAAGCCACAAUUGCAGCAGAGAUAGGAGUGCCCAAGGCGCCGUGACAGUGUAUAGACAUUAUUGUCAGAGACAAAGAUUUCGGAUUCUUUGCCUAUAGCUAGACAAGACACCCCCGAUAGAAAUAUUUGCUAAUGAGGAUACUGAUUCUCAUCAAGUGUACAUUCAUUCUUGCUUGACAAUGUUAGACAUGUAAUUAACAUAAGAUGUCCGAUUGAUGUCUGUUGUGUAAACUGUAAACCCAGAUGGCAUCUAUUGUGUCACAUCUUCUAAUCUUCUUCAUUCUCGUAAAAUCGUAAUCAAAGAUUCCCUGCUACCCA